ACACACUCGCAAGCACUCUCGGUCGCACACCCCAGGGUUGGCCGGUCCUCCUUCCCACCCCGCCCCUGGGCUCCUCAGUCAGCCUGGGACCCUUCCCCCACCUUUCCCAGACUGACUCUAAGCUCCACCAAUCGGGAGGCAGCGCCGGCCAGAACUCAACCAAUCAUCGCCCUUCAUUGGGUGGGCUCAUACUAACCCAGCCCAGGUGGAGGGAGGGAAGAGAGGUUGCAGUCUGGCAGACGGGAAGGGUUAUCAGCCAAUCAGCUGAACCUGAAGCCGAACGGCGGCUCAAAGCGUUACUGAGCAGGCGCAAACCCAACACCAGGUAGAGCUCAUCUGCAUAGGGAGGCGGGGUUUGAAGGAAAGAGGUGGAGCACUAGCAGGGACCCAUCCAAGUAGCACCACCCCCCCUCAACUCGCUCAAACCACGGGCGAAACGGCUGGUGUCGGGACUGAGUGAUUGGGUAAGGGCCGCCCGUCCUUCUGCCAGGAUUGGUCCAACGAUUCUUUUCGAAGUUUGCAGUAUCCAAUUGGAAAACGGGGGGCGGAGCCAGCACUAACCGAGGGGUUCCUCCGCGAGACGCUCACGCAAUGUAGUCCCUGCGGAUACAGGUUAGGCGCCGGUGUCUCUCGUCGAUGCGUCACCCGCGGCUAGUGGUGGCUUCUCUCCAGCUCACGAAGCCGCUCUUGGUCCUGGGACGGCGAGGAAGAGGCCUGGCAGAUCGAGAUGGAUACCAACUCAAAAGACAGCGAGCCUCUUGAAAUCACCGAGUCUGCUAUUCCUGGUGCUGAAAGUACCUCUUUAAUUUUGGGAAAUGGGAAGCUUGUAACUCCUCACAAGCAUGCGCCUGAAGGGACUCCUAAUGGUUGCACACCAGAUACUUUUAAGUCACCCUUGGACUUUUCCACAGUAACAGUAGAGCAACUGGGAAUUACACCUGAAAGCUUUGUAAAGAACUCUUCAGGAAAGUCACCAUCCUCCCUGAAAAAAUCCAGACGACGCUCUACAAUUGGUGCUCGGGGCUCCCCUGAAACAAACCAUCUUAUUCGUUUCAUUGCUCAGCAGCGGAAUUUAAAGAACAUGGAGAGAUCUUUGACACAGAAUUCCCCUUUUCUGGGCAGUCCUGUACUGCAUCGAAAUGUUAAUUCUUUAAGAGAGCGAAUGUCCGCCUUCCAGUCAGCUUUUCACUGCAUAAAGGAGAAUGAAAAAAUGACUGACUUUCCCGAAGUCUCAGAGGCAGAAGGAGAAGUCACGACAACAGGCUUGACCAAAAAGGAAAGGCUUGGGCAGUGUCCACAGUUUGAGUUCUCUGCAGAUUUAUCUUCCAAACGUCGAAGGAUAUCCUCUCAGAGCAACUCUGAUGAAAAUCUCCCUGACGCAGUUGAUCUCCAGAUAUCCCGUAGAGCCCCUUCUCCUAAUACAGGCACAAUGUGUGCUGUUGAAACUUCUCCUGCAGAUUUUUCUGAGAAAUCUUUUGAAUCUGGUUUAACGCAGUCUGGAUAUUUGGUUGAAGAGUCUGUUUCACUUUCAGAUCUCACAGAAGCUUCAAGUGAUACCUCUGACUCCAGCAGUAAAAUUGGUCCUCAGUCGUCGUUCAACUCAGAAGGAGUCAAGGUUGCUGAGUAUGUAGAGGGCGAAAGAUCAAGUGUUGCUGUUUCCCUUGACAACUUGACGGAAGUGAGCACAGACACCACUCCUGAAGGCAGGUCACUGGUCACUCCACUCUGCAAGAGGGACGUUGCAUCCUCUGAGACCUUCGUACUUCGUUCGGUGCUAAAGAAACCCUCUGUUAACCUGUUUCUAGAAAGCCUGCAGGAACACUGUGACAAUCUCUGUGAUGACGGGACUCAUCCGAGCUUAAUCUCAAAUCUUGCAAACUAUUGCAAAGAACAAACAACAGAAGGUCAAGAAAAUUGUAAAGUGCCAGCCUUUCUAAAUGUCAGGAAGAGGAAGAGAGUUACUUUUGGAGAGGAUCUAAGCCCUGAGGUGUUUGAUGAGUCUUUGCCAGCAAAUACUCCGUUGCGUAAAGGAGGAACACCCGUUCGCAAAAAGGAUUUGAGUAAUGUCAGUCCCCUGCCACUCGAGCAAUCACCAGUUCCUGCACAGUUAUCACAACCAGAUUUUGAUGACAAGGGAGAGAAUCUUGAAAACAUAGAACCUCUUCAGGUGUCAUUUGCCGUUCUGAGUCCUCUUAAUAAGUCUUCAAUCUCUGAGACUCUUUCAGGCAUUGAUACCUUUAGUUCUUCAAAUAACCAUGAGAAAACAGCCUCCCAUAAAGUUGGUAGAAUCACACGAGCCUCUAACCGAAGAAGUCAAUUGAUCACUUUUGCAGAAGAGGAGGUUUGCAACUUACUUCAUACAGAAGCUCAGCCCUGUAAAGAAAAGAAAAUUAAUAGGAGGAGAUCUCAGGAAAGCAAGCACACAGAAAGAGUGCGUCCUAAAAAGAACCAAGCUUUAAAAAGUUGCAGAAAGAAGAAAGCAAAGGGAAAGAAAAAUAUUCAAAAGUCUUUAUACGGGGAAAGAGACAUCGCUUCCAAGAAGCCGCUCCUAAGUCCUAUUCCCGAGCUGCCUGAGGUCUCGGAGAUGACGCCUUCCGCCCCAGGCGCCGGAACGAUGCGUUCAGAUGAUUUCGACUCCAGUGGUGAACUUCAAGAAGCAAAGCUUCCUCAAAGGAAGCCUCAGAAGCCAGAUUUGCAGAUGAGUCAAGGUUUUAAUAAGUACGAUCUGUCUGCACUCUGCAGCUCUCACACCAAACGUUCCUCGCAGCUUAUUAACGCUACUUUAGAGCAAGAUUUAGAUAUAAAUACCGUAGAAGCUAGUAAACAUAAAACUCUUCCAAGAGCGGAAAUUAAGUCAGAAAGUGAAAAUGACCUGAAAGCUGGCUCCGAGAAUGAGAGCAGUCGUGUUUCCUGUGAUUCUGUGACCGCAAAGGUCCCGGCAUCCGAUGAUGCGGGAUCCAGUAUUAUCCUGCCGUCCCGGGAAUUGGCUGCCGCUGGCCAAAAUGUGGAAAACCUUUUUCAGAUCUUUAAAAUUUCAGAAGAUGUGAACAUAAAGUAUGAAAAGCAGGAUGACUCUGUCAUAGCUCCAGAAGGGAAACCGCCGACCACACGUGUAAUGUCUGGCUUACAAAAAGACGUCUUCCUUGACAAUAUGAAAGAAAGUACACAUCCGAGCGAGGGUUCGGGAAGCAGCUGCGCAGAGAGUGAAAGCACUGGUACGAACGGGGGAGGAAAGAAGCAUAGAAGACGCUCUAUGUGUUACUCUGGCGGCCAGAGUUUCGAUUCGGAAAAAAACGGAAAUCCCAAACCUCCCUACCUGGUGAGCAGCCCUGUAGAAAUUGGUUUAGAAAAUUCUGAACUCUAUAAGGAUUUAUCUGACUCCAUAGAGCAGACCUUUCAGAGAACGAGUAGGGAAACAAAAGUAAGACGGAGCACCAGGCUGCAGAAGGAUCUGGAAGAGGAAGGGCUCGUCUGGAUCUCACUUCCAUUUCCUUCCGCUUCCUGCACUUCCCAAAGAAUGAAAAGGAGAACAAUAUGCACAGUGGACAGCAGAGGCCUUGAAAGCGUGGCCCUCUGUAAAGACCCCAGGUCUUCUGGACACACCCCGAGCACGGCACCCCCCGGGUCGGGUAAAGACAGGGAGGGCUUGGCCGCCAGUGCGGCCAGUUUACCUGGGAGGAGGAGGAAGAGCUUGUGGACGUCCGCACCCGUGAACGCAAAAGGUCCCAUUCUGGCAAAAUGCUGCAAGAGAAGAAGCUCUCUCCCCCAGAGCCGAGAGAGCUCUCUAAGGGACGUCCAAGGAGUCGGGCACGUCGGGAACUAACGCGGUAACUGGCAUUUCCUGAAGAACGUUCGGGGCCGCAGAGAAGGUAACCCCCCCCCCCCCCAUGCUCAGAACAUUUCUUUCACCCCGCCUCUCCUCCCCUGUUCAAAGUUUCAAAUAAAAUCAUUUGACCUGAA